UGUACGUCCUAAUGGCUUUUAUUCGUGGUGAUGAUUUUCUCAUCUUUUUACGAAUUUCGACGUAGAUUUAGUGAUACGACUGUAACAUUUGUGUUAUUGCUGUAUUUUGUGUUGCAGAGCAGAACAACUAUCAGUGACCGUGCAUAGAUUGUUUCCUGGUUCGUGCAAAGCGAAAUUUAAUGUACCCAGUAGGGGGAGUUAAGUCGUGAAAGUGUAUAAUCAACAAAAUACAUAUGCUUUUAAUGUGAUAGAGGAAAACAACCCAAAUACCUGCUAUGCAUAUUUGCAUCACAAAAAAUCCAAACUUUGUUGAGCACGGUAUUGACAGUAAAUAAACAGAAUUCGUGCCAAGUCUUGGGAUUCCGUUCGCCAAUGGCUUAUUGUAUAACGUGCAGCAGAUCACAACGAAUUGGAUUAACGACACUACCAUCUGGACGGCUAAUAUUUACUAUUAGUAAAAUAAAAUGUCUUCUCCAAGCGCAGGCAAACGUCGGAUGGACACAGAUGUCAUAAAGCUGAUUGAAAGCAAACAUGAAGUCACAAUUCUCGGCGGCUUAAACGAGUUUUGUGUAAAAUUUUUUGGUCCACAAGGUACACCAUACGAAGGCGGUGUUUGGAAAGUGCGUGUUCAUCUACCGGAGCAUUACCCAUUCAAAUCACCUAGCAUCGGAUUUAUCAACAAAAUCUAUCAUCCAAAUAUCGACGAAGUAUCAGGCACAGUUUGUCUCGAUGUGAUAAAUCAGGCAUGGACGGCAUUGUAUGAUCUAUCGAACAUAUUCGAGUCUUUCUUGCCCCAGCUACUCACUUACCCAAAUCCAGUAGAUCCUCUCAAUGGCGAUGCUGCUGCCAUGUAUCUACACAAACCGGAAGAGUAUCGUAAGAAAGUAGCAGAUUAUGUUCGUAGAUAUGCCACAGAGGAAGCACUCCGAGAACAAGAACCAGCCGAGAGUUCUGAUAGUGAAAGCAGCAUGUCGGAUUUCAGCGAAGACGAGGCACAGGAUAUGGAAUUAUAACGACGGCUCUGUCCACAGCAGACGAGUAGAACUGUUAGUAAUGUAAAUUGUCUUGAAAAAUCGAAACUUUUUUCAAAUCAGAAAAUUGAUUUUUCUUCAAUUUUGCAGUGUUAUGUAAAAUGGUUCUUAUUUACGAUAUUAUUAUUACCUCAAUUUUUUAGUGUGUUUCGAUAAAAAAAAUGCUGGAAAUUGCCAAAACUGAAAUUCGGUUUGAUUUUCUGGUAGACUUGCAUGAAAUUCAAGACCAUUAAUAAAAUCCAUACGGUUUGUUGUGUUAAUAUCAGCAUAAAUGUCAAAUCCAUAGUUAUUUCUCUGCUAUUUUGCGGAAUUUAUUGCGCUUUUGGUAAUGUAAAAUAAAUCGAACAGAGCGUUGAAGUUACACAUGAAGAAUUGUCGAGCAAUUAGUAAUCACAGGAACAGACAACAUAAAAAAAUCAAUUUGAAAACCUUCAUAUCAACGUCAAUUGUUAAUGGCUACUCAACACCUAUUUUUGCCAAGACAACUCAUAUUUUUCAGAUAGGAUUUUGCACUUGUAUGCAUUGAUUUUGUUUUGAACUGAUCUUAACAUUUUCUAGCUGCAAAUUCAUCAUCAAUAAUUCAUCGAUUGCAAAUUCGGCGUAUUUAGUAUACUCCUAAAUAGCGUGUUGGUGAAACCGUCUUGUAUAUAUGGUCAUUACUCGAAAAUUUCAAAUGUCCCAAUAUUUUUAGUAUAGACCCUAUACUUCGUAAAUUGCUGAUCAACUGACAAUAACGUAUUGUAUUGUUUAAUGGUUUGUUGAUUGUGGGCUUAUGCAUAAGCCAUUUCGUCUGUAUUCUGUUUACUGACUGGGCAAUGAAUUGGUGUCGUGCAUGCAAUGAAUGCAUCAUAACUUGCUAUGUGAUUGCCAUCUCGCUCUCUGGACGUUUACAAACGUUCUUCAAAUAUCUUUUCAUAAAGCGAGAUCUGGUUGUUGAAUGUCAGUAUGCCUCUUUGUUAUUUGUGUUUAACAGACUAAAUAAUAGUGUUGGCUUCCUUUUGUUUACAUCUGAAGUCAUGUCUUCAUGUUUCAGUGUUCACGUACUUCAGUACUUCAGUGUUAGCGACUAUACUUAGGGACCGAAAUUCUUAUGAACAUUAUAGUCAAUCAUGCUUUGUAUGCAGUCGAAAAACCAUCUUUGUAGGAUUCUGACAAGAUGCAUAUUCCUUGAUCAUUGCCAACUACACGAUCUCUUAACAGUUGAACAUCUUGAAAGUCGUAUAAUUACGUCUUUCAUUCGUCUUUUUUCGUUACGAAUUCAAAGCUCCAAAUAUUGCAGGUGUUCACUCCAUACAACCUUAUAAGCCCAUUGAUACUUAGCUAAAUGAGUUUUUUGCUAGUUACAAACCUCCGUAUUCCCGUAAGACAGCUUCAUGUAAACAUUGCUAAUAUUUAUCACAAAAUUAACUUAUUGUUCGUUUCAAAAAACAGGGAAUUUUUCUAUGUAAUAAAACCCAAACGACAAACAAAUUAAUUAAUACGAUCUCAAUAUUUUACGCCAAAUUGCUUAACUUCAAUAUGCUGAGUCGAUACGGCCAUGCCGUUCUAACGAAAAAUAAUAUGCUGAGAGAAACAGGAAACUUCGAAAUAUGCCAUGACAGCAAGGGUUGCGCUUUCGCUUUUCAACGACAUAAAAAACCACACCACAUUGGAGACAUUGUUUAAAAAUAUAAAGAGCAUAUAGUUGACGCUUUGUGAU